AUGGCUUCUCAAGGCAUCCGCAUCGCCAUCGACCGUGGCGGCACUUUCACAGACGCCUGGGCAGAAGUCCCUGGCCGCCAAGAACAUAUUGUAUUCAAGAUCCUCUCUGUAUGCCCCGAUGAGUACGACGAUGCACCAACAGAAUGCAUCAGACAGAUUCUAGAAACUGCCCUAGACACCACAAUACCCAAGGGUUCACUACUAGAUCUUGAGCCUAUAGAGUCUAUUCGCAUGGGCACAACAGUCGCCACCAAUGCCCUCCUCGAAAGAAAGGGCGACCGGGUGGCUUUCCUCGCCACCAAGGGCUUUCGGGAUAUUCUCCUCAUUGGAAACCAGACAAGACCAGAUCUCUUUGACCUCUCAGUCAGACGCUUGGAACAGCUCUACGAGACUGUCGUGGAAGUCGAUGAGCGUGUAACUAUCGAGGGUGCCAGCGAAGCACCAUCAAUUGGUCCCAUUGAUGUCUCUUCAGACCCUGCGCUUGUUGUUGGUCAAACAGGAGAAGUCGUCAGGAUUAUGAAGAAACCAGACCUCGACGCUGUGCGGGUGGACCUUGAAGCCCUCAAGGCCCAAGGCUUUGAGAACCUCGCCAUCGGCUUCAUGCAUUCAUACACAUAUCCCGACCAUGAACUACAAGUCACAAAGCUCGCUGAGGAAAUGGGCUUCAAGGUCUCUGCCUCUUCAGUUCUUCAGUCCAUGGCCAAGUACGUGCCUCGAAGUCAAUCAGCCGUCGCAGACGCUUAUCUCACACCCAUGACCUUUGCCUAUCUGGACGGCUUCCGCAAGAACUUCAGGGGUCAAUUGGAAGACGAGAGCGCCAACAAGCUUCUCAUCUGCCAAUCGGAUGGUGGCCUGACAAGCUGGUCUAAGUUUACCGGCUUGAGGGGCGUUCUGAGUGGCCCUGCUGGAGGUGUCGUCGGUCUAUCCAGGACCUGUUACGAUGAUGCCGACGGGACGCCAGUAUUGGGCUUUGAUAUGGGCGGUACCAGUACCGAUGUGGCGAGAUACUCUGGAGCGCUGGAGCAUAUCUUUGAGAACACGCUGGCCGAGGUAACGAUCCAGACCCCUCAACUCGACAUCAACACUGUCGCUGCGGGCGGUGGCUCUAUUCUGGCUUGGGAAAAUGGUCUUCUCAGAGUCGGUCCCAGCAGUGCUGGAGCCAAUCCGGGCCCCGCUUGUUACGGCCGAGGUGGUCCUCUGACUGUCACAGACGCAAACUUCCUCCUUGGCCGAAUCAUCCCCGACUUCUUCCCCCGUCGCUUAGACCGUGAUAUCGUUAGGGAGAAGUUCACUACUUUGACAGAGACGGUCAACAAGGAGAAAGAUGGCGGCGAGCCUUUCACCCCAGAGACUUUGGCCCUCGGCUUUCUAGCCAUUGCCAAUGCGACUAUGACUCGACCGAUCCGAACACUGAGUGAAGGUCGUGGCUACGGUGCUUCUAGUCAUAACUUGGGUUCAUUUGGUGGUGCUGGUGGACAGCAUGCUGUUUUCAUCGCCCGUGAUCUCGGUAUCAAGAGAGCAAUCAUUCCCUGCUACUCUAGUAUCCUUUCCGCUUACGGAAUGGCCCUCGCAGAUGUCGUGGUCGAGAACCAAGAGCCUUCCGCCAUCACAUUCUCUGAGCAAGUCGUCCCCGAAAUCAAGUCUCGUCUUGAAUCCCUUUCUUCGAAGGGAGCCCAAGGUCUUGAGGCCCAGGGCUUCGACGCCAAGUCCACUCAGCACGAGUAUUUCCUGAACAUGCGCUACCAAGGAAGCGAUACUUCCCUCAUGAUUCCUGUAUCAGGGAACGUUGGUGAUGCAGGCGUUGCCUUUACGGCGAGACAUACUCAGGAGUUUGGCUUCUCCCAAUCCCGUAAUAUCCUCAUUGACGACGUUCGUGUCCGAAGCGUGGGCAAGUCUCGUGUUCUCAACAUCUCCAGCCCUUUUGAGGAGCUGAAGAAGUACCAAUCUGAUGGCUUGACUCCCGUCCCAACACCUAUCUUCCGCAGAAAGAUCUUCUUUGAGUCACACGGAUGGACUGAGACCCCUGUUUAUGAGCUCAAGUCAAUGAGUCCUGGUGUGCACAUCGCUGGUCCCGCGAUGAUCAUCGACAAGACUCAGACCAUUGUGGUAGACCACCUUAGCAAGGGUGUCAUCCUUCCCGAGCAUGUCAUCCUCGAAGUUGACAAGGCUGAGAAGCAAAAUGUCGCCACUGAGACUGUUGAUCCUGUUACGCUGAGUGUUUUCGGCCAUCGCUUCAUGACUGUCGCAGAGCAGAUGGGACAUACCAUGGAGAAGACGUCUAUCUCUGUCAACAUUAAGGAGAGAUUGGACUACUCUUGUGCUGUGUUUUCUGCCGACGGUGGUCUUGUAGCCAAUGCCCCCCACGUUCCCAGCCAUCUUGGUUCCAUGAGUACUGCCAUCGCAUACCAAGCCCGACGAUACAAGGCUGGCGAGCUCAAGCCCGGCGACGUAAUCAUCAGUAACCACCCUCAAGCUGGCGGUACCCAUCUUCCUGAUAUUACCACAAUCACCCCUGUGUUUGAUGACGAGGAGAAUCCAAAUGAGAUCAUCUUCUUCGUGGCCAAUCGCGGUCAUCACGCAGACAUUGGCGGUAUCGUUCCUGGAUCCAUGCCUCCAAACUCCACCGAGCUCUGGCAGGAAGGUGCUGCCAUUGAGUCUUUCAAGAUGAUCAACGAGGGUGUUUUCGAUGAGGCCGGUCUUAUCAAGCAUCUCUACGAUGAACCGGCUUCUUAUCCCGGGUGCAGCGGUACCCGUACCCUCACCGAGAACAUCGCCGAUCUCAAAGCCGCAGUGGCGUCCAACCAAAAGGGUAUCGAGUUGAUUCGAUCUCUCAUCAAGGAGUUUACCUGGCCUGUGGUUCAGCUGUAUAUGCAUGCCAUUCAGGACAACGCCGCCCAGUCUGUUCGAGAUCUUCUCAAGCAGUUUGCUGCCAAGUACGAGAACGGCGUGCUUGAAGCCACCGAGUAUAACGAUGAUGGUAUCCCUUUCAAGCUCAAGGUUACUAUUGAUAAGGAGACUGGUGAGGCUGUGUUCGACUUUACUGGAACUGGCCCUGAGCAUUCUGGUAACUUGAAUGCGCCCCCGACUUGCUCGUACUCUGUUAUCAUGUACUGCCUCCGCUCAAUGAUGGCAACAGACAUCCCCCUGAACCAAGGCUGCCUCAAGCCAAUCAAGGUCAUCUGUCCAGACAACACCAUCCUCUCGCCUUCACCCACCGCAGCAACAGUCGGCUGCACAACAGAAACCUCCCAGAAAGUUGCCGAUCUCGUCCUCCGCGCUUUCAACGCCGCAGCUGCUUCCCAGGGUACGAUGAACAACCUCAGCUUCGGCUGCGGCGGCACAGAUCCGGUCACGGGUGAAGUCACCAAGGGCUUCGGGUACUACGAGACCAUUUGUGGAGGCGCUGGAGCAGGACAGGGAUGGCAUGGCGCGAGUGCUGUGCAUACACACAUGACGAAUACACGAAUCACAGAUCCCGAGAUCUUGGAGAAGCGAUACCCCGUCAUUCUGCACGAGUUCUCCAUCCGGAAGGGAAGCGGAGGACAAGGCAAAUGGCGCGGCGGUAAUGGAUGUAUCAGGGAUAUGGAGUUCCGCAUGCCUCUCCAGGUCUCCGUCCUCACAGACCGAAGAGUCACAGCACCCUACGGUCUCGAAGGAGGCGAAGAGGGUCAGCGAGGACAGAAUAUCUGGGUUCGUAAGGAUCCAGUCACAGGAGCAACGAGGCAGGUCUCACUUGGACCGCGAAAGACGUCGCAUUUUGCGGCGGGUGAUCGUGUGAUUAUCCUGACGCCUGGUGGUGGAGGUUAUGGAUCGGUUUCGUCGACGUCGACGUCGACGGGAGAGUUGAAGGUGCCGGGGAGGGAUUCGAGGGCGUUUUUGACCAAUGGUAGUUUGGGAGUGAGGCAUAGCAUCGCCACUGGGAAUUAG